AUGUUCUGGAAGGUGGUCGUGACCACGGCGGCGCUGGCCUCGCGCGCCUGCGCCGAGAUCCGCCCGCUGUCCAUGGACCAAUCCAUCGAGGUUAGGGCGGUGGAUGUUUUAGAGCGAAACUACGAGGACGUUGCGAACCGAUACAUCGAGAAGCGCCAGAAUAGCGCGGUGGACGGCCAAUGGCUUGCAAAGUCCGAAGUCGCACUCAAUGCCGACGGUUCAAUCAACAUGACAGCUUGGGAGACGGAGACAUCGCAGAAAUGUACCGACGCGCUUUCCCAUCUUGACCAGGCCUCAAACCCCUCGGGAACUUGCAUCUGCUACAACUUGCCGAGUCUGGACGCUCAAACCGGUGUUUUUGAGGCCGACUUGCGUCUCUUCAAAGUCUCGGAACCCAACGGCGUCUUCUCGGGGAUCCCGCCCCAGAACAUCCAGGUUGGCCUUUCGUUCAAUGGCGCUUCUGUAUCCCCGGUCAGCGCGGAUAAGAUCGGCGGCACCACUGCUCGUCGGGACUUGCGUUUCGAGGUUUCCUGGAACUCUCUGCAAAAGCGUUCAGUUGCACCCCAAGCCUUGCAGACGUACCUCUUUGUCGGACAGAUUGACCAAACCAGGAUGGUCCAGCCCAUGUCUAUGUCACAACUGGAAGCCCUCGUUAUGCCGACUCUGACACUAACUGGUGUAAACGCUGUCGGCCAGACCGUCAGCACAAAUGUCUCAUCUAACGAAGCCGCUUUCAUUACCGGCGUCUUCUCUAAGGAAGUCAUCAAGUCCGACCUUGCCGUUGCUCAGGCCGCUGUCGAUGAGGUUGUCGCCCAGCUCAAGAACGGCACCGUCGCCUUUGUUCUUCCAGGCGUGCAGAUUAUGAUCUUCCCUGUCGGUCUGGUCAUCACCAGCACUUGGCUUCUUAUCGGACUGUCCUUCUACGGUUUCGGCACGUACGAACGCAUUGGCUACGCAGAGAGCUACAGGAGGAGGCGGGCUAUCGCGGGCGACACAGCCAAGCGUAUAUAA